ACUGUUGCGCAGUUUCAUCUAAUCUAGAGUUCAAGGUACCGUACACAGGUCUGGUUUGGUUUGGUUCACUGGGCUCUCUAUCAUUCAUCUCCACAGCUGGUGAUCGGUCAGUUUGUCUGCACAGAGGCCUUUUAAAAUCAAAGAUCAGAGACCAUGGGAGAGUGGGGUUUUCUGUCCUCUCUACUGGACAAGGUCCAGUCCCACUCCACCGUCAUCGGGAAGGUCUGGCUCAUCGUGCUUUUCAUCUUCAGGAUCAUGAUCCUCGGAGCUGGAGCAGAGAAGGUGUGGGGUGAUGAACAGUCGAAUAUGAUUUGCAACACCAAACAGCCUGGUUGCAAGAACGUCUGCUAUGACCAAGCCUUCCCAAUCUCACACAUUCGAUUCUGGGUCCUCCAGAUUAUCUUUGUGUCAACUCCAACGCUGAUCUACCUCGGUCACGUCCUCCACAUUAUCCACAAAGAAAAUAAGCUGAGAGAACAUAUUAAGACCCACUCCAGGAGUGAGAUUGUCAAAGUUCCAAAGUACUCCGACGACAAAGGCCACGUCAAGAUUAAAGGUGACCUGCUGGGAAACUACAUGACCUCCAUAUGUUUCAGAAUUCUUCUGGAGGUAGCGUUCAUUGUGGGGCAGUAUUAUCUGUACGGGUUCAUCAUGGACCCGAGAGUCGUCUGCACCAGAGCCCCCUGUCCCUUCACUGUAGAGUGCUACAUGUCCCGACCCACAGAGAAGACCAUCUUCAUCAUCUUCAUGCUCGUAGUGUCCUGCAUCUCUCUCCUACUCAAUGUAAUGGAGCUCUUUUACCUGGCGUGUUCGUCAUGCAGACGAAAAAAAUCGAAAACAAUGCCGGCUGCUUCUAUUGCCAUUCACCCACGUUCAAACGGUGACAGUCUGAUGAAACACGAGAAGCUUAGCCUCCAUGAUGUCAGCCACAGCACAGCCUGAAAAAUGCCAUUUAGUCGCAUAGUUACCAAGAAAACAGGAGGGCAAAUGAAAAUGUGACUGAGUUGAGACUAAUUGUGUAAAACUACACUAAGAGUUAUUUAUUUAAGUGAUGCAAAAGAAAUCCGGAAAGUGAUGCAAAUUUGGAGACGUAUGAGUAUUUAUGAAAAUUUAACAAUGCACAAGAAUAAUAGAAUAUAAAGUUAUUGUAUUUACUGAAGCAAAGUUUUAAAGAUUGUGCAUAAAGUUAUUUCAUUUUGUUCUUACUUUGUGUUUCGUACUUAACGCUACAUAUAUUUGACUUUUGCUCCCCCAAGUGGCACAUUGGUAACUUUGACUGUAAACAUUCACAAUAGUCUCUCUGUGUAGUCUGAACACAUGGGCUGUGCCCCGGUAUCCGUUUGCAUUGGCUAAAAGCCAUUUAAUAGAGCUAAAGGCUUUUAUAUUUCUCUAAAGUUCAGUGAGGGCUGUUAGUGCUACUUUGCUUAUCAGUUUCUUCUAAAUAUUACAUUUGCAGGCAUGACUUUUAAGACUGUAAAUACUUGAAUAACAAAUCAUUCCUUUUUUCAUGUUUUGUAUUGGAAUAAGACCUUGCAUUGUGUUUGUAACUGACUGUAAAAAAAAUAAUGUUUAUUAAACAUAAUGGAAGUUU